AUGAAGAUUCAAGGCCGCACAUUCAUCAUUUCAGGAGGCGCUUCCGGCCUGGGACAGGCCUGCGUGGAAGAGAUAUGCAAGAACGGCGGAAACGCCGCCAUUUUGGACAUGAACGAGGAGAACGGCAACGACCUGGUCUCCAAGCUGGGGUCCUCGGCCAAGUUCUUCGUCUGCGACGUGCUUGACACCGCGAGCAUCGAGGCCGCCGUCCAGGGCACCGCCGCAUGGGUGAAGCAGUCCGGCAAGCCCGUCGGCGGCGUCAUCCCCGCCGCUGGCGUCGGGAACCCGUCAACGAUAUUGGACCGCAACGGCAACCCCUUCAGCCUCGACGACUGGGACUUCGUGCUCAACAUCAACCUCCGCGGCACCAUCGACCUCACCCGCCAGGCCCUCGCCCUCAUGGCCAAAAACGACCCUUCGUCGCCUGACGGCGAGCGCGGCGUCGUUAUUAUGGUCGCCUCGUCCGCCGCCUUUGACGGCCAAAAGGGUCAGGUCGCCUACGCCGCAAGCAAGGGUGCCGUCGCCGCCAUGACGCUUCCCAUGACCCGUGACCUCGCCCGCUUCGGUAUCCGCGUCGUCACCAUCGCCCCGAGCCUGUUCGAGUCACGCAUGACGGCCGUCAUGUCCGACAAGGUCCGCGCCAGCCUCGAACGCUCCAUGGAGUUCCCCGUCCGCGCCGGCAAGCCCGAGGAGUUUGCCGCCCUGGCACGACACGCCAUUGAGAACGUGAUGCUCAACGGAACUGUGCUGCGUCUGGAUGGCGGCAUGCGGAUGCCGAGUAAGAUGUAG